GGGGUUUUUAAUCCCACCCAACUGCUUCGUUUUACACAAAUCGUCAGGUCGCUAUUUCCCAUUAAUUUCAAAAUUUUCAAUCCUCUCUGGGUAGUUGGAGUCUUCCUUCUUCUUCUUCUUCUUCUUCCACUCGAGGGGAUGCCAAAUUUCAUCUCCCAAUGGCUUCUUUCACUUGGUUGUAUAUCGGCUUAGGCUUGGCUCUGGGGUUCCUCUUUUUGGGCAUAGUUGCAGAGCUUUACUAUCUUCUAUGGCGGAACAACAAGAGAAUCAAUACAACAGGGGUUCAACACGACGCCUACAACAAACCCCGCCCACUUCCUCUGAUUCCUUCUGAAACUAACUCCACUCGUGAAAUUACCAGAAACCCCCUUGAGAAUCGCCAUGGAUUGGACCUUGAGUUCGGCAGCGGAGAGGAUUUGUUGUUGAAGACGGCGGCGGAAGACGAUGAACACGAUGAGGCAGAGGAAGAGGAUGUUGAGCUGAUGGCGAUUUACAAUCUCGCAGGGCAACCGAGAUUUCUGUUCACAAUCAAAGAGGAAACGAGGGAAGAUUUGGAAUCUGAGGACGCGAAAUCGAGAGGCGAUAGAAGCAGAAAAGGGUCAAGAAAUCGCAGCUUGAGCGACAUAAUUACCGCCAUUGAAACUCCAUUUUUCACUCCAAUCGCUUCUCCUCCAUUGAAAGCUUCUCCUCUCUGUUCUUUAGAUUCAUACAAACUCCAUGAAUUCAAUCCGCUCUUCGAAUCCUCAUCUGAAUUGGAGCAGAAUCUGAACAGGAUGAGAUCCUCGCCGCCUCCCAAGUUCAAAUUUCUCCGAGAUGCAGAGGAGAAACUAUACAGAAGAUUAAUGGAAGAAGCUCAAAAAAGAGGCGAGAUCCUAAACACCAAAAACGAACAGAGAAAGCCCUCAAGUUCUUCCCAGGUUCUUCCUCUGGUUUCUUCCCCUCCAGAAUUCCGAACACUUCCCAACCACAAGAUCACGCCCUUCUCUUAACUUCAUUGAUUCAUAAUCCGCUUGUUUAUCUGUAAAUAUAUAGUUCCAAGUUUUUUUAAUUACGAUCUUGUUCUUGUUUCUUGAAGCAUUGCUACCAUCAUUCAAGUAUGGUGGAUUUUAAUUACCUGGAUUAAACUUCUAG